CAGAGGGCCCGGCACAGGUAUGGAUAAAUUGCAGUACAUCAUUUCCUUAGGCAUCUUCAUCUAUAAACAGUGUGAAGACAUGAAAUACUGCCAGAAACAGUGCCAGCGUCUGGGGAACCGUGUUCGUGGCCUGCUCCAACCUCUGCAGAUGCUCCAAAACCAAGAAAAGAGGAACCUUCCCAGAGAAGAGAAAUUAAACUCUGCCCUGAACCAUUUUGAGGCUGCCCUGGAGGAAGCUAAGAGGCAGAUAGAAAAGUUCAGUAAUGAAUCCAAUAUCCGCAAGUUUAUAAAAGCAGGUCAUAACAAAAUGAUCUUUAGUGAUGUGAACGAGAGGCUGAGAGAUGUCUGGGAGGAGCUCUUGCUGCUGCUGCAGGCUGAUCAGUGGAAAUUUGUUUCAAGCAUCAGCCAAGGAGCAUCCUGGCCACAGGAAGAUCAGCAGGAUGCAGAGGAAGACUUCCAAAGGCCGAGCAGGGAAUGUGAAAAGAUAGAAGCUUCACUGAGGCUGAUGACUAUCGACAUAGAAGAAGUCAAGAAAACUUUGAGGCAGUUGAGUUUGGAUUUAACACGGAGACCUGUGGAGCAGAUCCCACAAUAUCAAAUCAAGGAGAUUAAGAAGCAGCAGAUUUCAGAAUGGACCCUGCUAAGGAAUAAUGAGUUCAGCACACUUUAUAAAGGAAAAUAUUAUGAAUCUACAGUGACCAUAAAAGUAUUCAACAAACCCCAGGCCAGAAGCAUCGGAGCAGUGAGGCGUACUUUCAAUAAUGAGAUCAGAACCAUGAAGAAAUUUGAUUCUCCCAACAUCCUGCGUAUAUUUGGGAUUUGCAUUGAUGAAACAGUGAGUCCACCUCAAUUCUCAAUCAUCAUGGAGUACUGUGAACUUGGGACCCUGAGGGAGCUGUUGGAUAAGGAAAAGGACCUCACAUUCGGUGUGCGCAUCGCCCUAAUCCUGGGGGCAGCCAGAGGCUUGAACAGGCUACACCAUUCAGAAACACCUGAACUCCACAGAAACAUCAGCAGCGCAAGCUUCCUGGUAACUAAUGGCUACCAAGUGAAGCUUGCAGGAUUUGAACUGAGCAAAACACAGACUUCCAUCAGCCGGGAAACUAAGGAAAAAACAGAGAUUGCCAAUUCUGCAGCAUAUGUCUCACCUCAGGGACUGGAAAAUGUGUUUCAUAAAUAUGACAUAAAAGCUGAAAUAUACAGCUUCGGAAUCGUCCUCUGGGAAAUCGCCACUGGGAAGAUUCCAUUUGAAGGCUGUAAUUCUGAGAAGAUCUUCCAACUGGUGACUGUGGACCGGCAGCAGGAGCCAGUGGGUGAACAUUGCCCUUUAGAGCUGCAGGAGAUCAUUGAUGAGUGCCGGGCCUAUGAGCCAUCCCGGCGGCCCUAUGUUGACGAAAUCUUAAAGAAACUGUCUAUAUUUACUGAGUAGCAUAUCAAAACCUAAACCAAGGAGACCCCGGACAAGAAGCUGAGAGAAACACAAUGGAAGAAGGGACUGUGCUAGUUCCACACCUAUGCCUCAAGAGGCCUUAUAAAUGUCCACUACCUCUCUUGGAACCCUACAAGCCAUGAACAAGUUAGGCUAGCAUGCUGGAGGAUGAGAGACCAUGUGGAGCAGAAGCAAACUGUCCCAGCUGAGGUCAUACUAGACCUGCCAGCCUGGCAGCUGACCUAGUUACAUGAGUGAGCCCAGUUAAGACCACAAGAAUCACCCAGCUGAGCCCAGCCCAAAUUGACCAUUCACAAAAUUAUGAGCAAAAUAAAUUAUUCUUGUCUUAAAUCA